AUGUUUGGGACACGAUCGAGGGUUCUGGCAGCUGCUCGCCUCGUGGCUGAUGGAGAAACGACCGGCUCAGCGACACGAAAAAGGAUCCAGCCAAACCUUGUCGUCCUUGUACCGGGACCCAGGCCUGAACAGAAAAAGCACAAGGCCCCCGCUGCACCGAAGCCUCGACCUAGAGAAAGCCCCAGAACCAGCAAGACAAGGCCAGUCGGGCCGCGCGAGCUCGUCCUAGAUUGGCUUGAAGAGUUGCCAGAGUUUCCACUGCAGAGCGGUGAUUCGCAAACUGGCUCUCAGUUGCGGGAAAGACUAUCUGCCAUGGCUCAGUCCCAGCCGACAAUCUCUGCGUUAUAUGCAUGCAUGGACAUUGAUCAGCGUUCCGUCAUUUCAUCAAAAAUAAGCUACCAGGCUCUUGUCCAACGACCAGGCUACCGCAACACGCUGUUCAAAAACGGUAUCAGGGCCGUUCGGUCAGAGGAAGAGCUGCCCGACCAUAUCAGCAAAUUGCUGGAACGUAUUCUCCCGGAAGAGCCUUUGCAGGUUUGUGAUCUAGACCAAGUCAAGUACCAUAGACUGAGGAAUAUGGCAAUCGAAGGGACAAAGGAAGAGGAUGUCGGAGAACUCCUAAACUUCGAAUCGUUAUCAACCGUAACGAGAAAUCGACUUGAUCUCAAAAGAGGCGUCAAUCGAUUGUUGGAGAGAUUACGCGUCCCAAAUAAAAAACCAGAUGAUAAAGUCAGCACCCCUAAACCAGAUUAUCACCUUGGAUAUGGGCUUAGUGCGUUUCCAAUCGAAAACCUGGAUGUUCUUGACCAGCUAGACAGCAGCGAGAUCAAGUUCCCUUUUCUGGAGAUUGAAUACAAGGGAGACGGGAGCAACUCUUGGGGGCGGCUAUGGGUUGCCACGAAUCAAUGCCUUGGAGGAACGGCAACAUUUCUUAACAUCUUGGACCAGUUCAAGACACAGCUGAAUCAAAGGUCUCUGAAAACUCAAUCUGAAGUCCUUGAGUCGAUAGUAUUCAGUGUCGUUACCAAUGGGACGGAGGCAAGGCUCUUCGUUACUUCCUCAGAUGGGCAAGGAGUUUUCAAGAUGUUUCUGAUCAGAGGGUUCUUGUUUUAUGAGGACCAGGGCUUUGAUAAGCUGAGCGCGUAUCUGACUAACAUUAUCGAGUGGGGUGCGGACAUUCGUCUGGGUCAUAUUAAGACUGCAUUGAAGGCGUUGUCGGAUUCCUUUGAGGCGGCUGAGAAUCUACAGAUCGAAAAUCAUGGUUCGAACAUUGGAGGAGAAAGGGAAGAAGGUUCCCCAACUCCAGCGCCGCAAGCAGCAAACACUGUUGCUGACCGGCCGCUGACAAAUGGACAGGAUGAGCAGCCGGCGCAAGUACGCGGUCGUGGACGCCCAGCAAAGCGAAGCCAAGAGCAGGUGAAGGGGAAGGUCGGCAGACCUCCGAAGAAGCCACGGCCUGCUUAG